AAGUUCCAAGUUGCAGCCGCAGAAAUAACCAGAAGAAGAAGAAGAAUAAACGCGAAUGCAAGGUGAAUUGGAAUUACCACCCGGGUUCAGAUUUCACCCCACCGACGAUGAGCUUGUCAAUCACUACUUGUGUAGAAAGUGUGCUGCUCAGUCCAUUGCUGUUCCCAUCAUCAAAGAAAUCGAUUUGUAUAAGUUUGAUCCAUGGCAGCUUCCAGAAAUGGCUCUUUACGGUGAGAAAGAAUGGUACUUUUUCUCUCCGAGGGACAGAAAAUAUCCAAACGGUUCGCGGCCGAACCGUGCGGCUGGAACCGGGUAUUGGAAGGCGACCGGAGCCGACAAGCCGAUCGGAAAGCCGAAGGCUUUAGGGAUAAAAAAGGCACUCGUGUUCUACGCCGGCAAAGCCCCAAAAGGAGUAAAGACCAAUUGGAUCAUGCAUGAAUAUCGCCUCGCUAAUGUUGACAGAUCCGCCAACAAGAAAACCAACAACAACAACUUGAGGCUUGAUGAUUGGGUGUUGUGCCGAAUUUACAACAAGAAAGGGAAGAUUGAGAAAUACAAUAGCGUUGGUGUGAUGGAUCAGAAAGCUCCCAAGUUUUCAGAUGAGGCUCAGUUUCAGCACGAGACCAAGCCUGAGAUCAACAUGUACGGCCACGAUGUUCUGAGGAACGACCAAUUGUACACGGACACGUCCGAUUCCAGCUGCUCCGAGCACGUGGUUUCCCCGGAUGUCACGUGCGACAAGGAGGUUCGGAGCGACGCUAAGUGGAACGACCUUGACUUCGGGCCAGACCCAAUUUUGGGCUUCGAUAUUUUGAUGGACCUAUCAUCAGAUGACCCUUUUGCCCCUCAGGCCCAGUACCAACCUUGGCAGGAUAUGCUGGCUUACCUACCCAAGACAUUUUGAUUCUUUAAGACAGUGUGGGGACCCUAAUAAGGAACGGUGGGUCCCUCACGUGAAUUUUUAAUUCGUUAAAGACAAAACCACAUUCACGCCUACGUAACUGCUAGAAGUGCCGGCUUUGGUCUGCACCUGUAGUCCCUAUUCUGUGUUCUUGGGAUUGUUGAAUUUGACUGCCAUGGGUUAAACCUUAGGAAAAAUGAGAUCACGUGUAACUAUAAAUAAGUAGAAUGAUCUCGAAUGGGUGAAGAUCCAUUGUCAACCCUCUACCGUAGAAAAAUUCUUGUUCCAUUGCUAUUCUACUGGGAUUUUUUUAUAUGUCUGUUAUAUAUAUAAAUAUUUUUUUAUUUUCAAUACAGUCUUCUAAGUAAACAACUAUUAAGUGUAAGGUUUACUUUCCUUCAAAUCAGUCCUUCAGUCCAUGUUUCAUAGUUUUAAAACAAUCCACGUCUGAAGCAAAUCAGGAAAAAAAUGGUAGAAGAAAAGAAAAUAAUUAGAAAGGGGAACUCUUACUUUAAAAUUGCAAACUUUUACAUUUUUCAUGGCGUGUGGAUUUGUAUCUGUAUAAUUAGCAGUAUGUAUGGAAAGGAUACGUGUUUUUCUGCAGUCGAACCUGGAUAGUUCUGAGACCAUUGAAAAGGAUGAUGCAUAGAAUAAUUAGUGACGCAUACCUAUCCUGCAUCAACUUGCAUCGUCUUUACCCUUUAGAUUCUAAAUUAAUUCCUCAUAACAAUACAGUCAAACUAAUGUCAUUUGACUAGUUACAUCUGUAAUCAGAAUGUUACACUAAUACUACACUAAUGUCCUCAUAUCAUGAUGAACCUAUACAUACCCUGAUCCAAUAUAUUAUUAUUAUAACACAUAAGGAUGCAUUCACCAAUCACUAGCCAAUGUACAUACACACGAGGAAGACAAUACAUUAGUAUCAAGUAGUACUAUCACGUUGCUCUAUAAACUGCAGGACAAUAUCAUUCAACCAUAUGCAUGCCUGGACUAUGUUUUUUUUUUUUUUUCUGUUUUUAAUUUAUGAUCAAAUGCUGACAUCUCUGGAUCUUGGAACACGGCUGCAAUCUGCAGGUCCCCAACCUAUCAAAUGCUUCUCAUUUUCGAAUAUCAUCACUUUAUCUUGCAUGGAUAUGUCUGCAUAAACAAUAAAUACCAAGACUUACAUAUGCAAAGUUCAUGAAGUAUUUUGAUAAGAAGUGCUGAAAGGGGAAGAAUUGUAAUACAAGUUACAAAAAACAUUACCCAAAAGGAAAAAUAGAAGGAAUGAGAUAGUAAAAACAAACCAAAAUUCCUACCUCCAAUUAGGUUCAGUUCUCCCAACCCUACUUCAGGGCCGUUAAGAAUGCCCAGACAAACAUUUCCCAGGUUCUGGCACGACAGAUGCACAGAUGAAAUACAUCAGAUAAGCUUAUGAAUUAUGAUGGAAGUAAACAAGUUAACAAAAUAUUGAUAGGUUAACUCACUGAUAUUAUUAAAUAAGCUUCAGGAGGGAUCUCAAAUUGAGCUUUGACUCUUCUACCAUUGGUGAAACUAAGUGCCAGAGGCUUGAAGUAUUUCCUAACUUCACUUAUGCUUUUGAAAGGUCUUUUACCGUGCCAGCAGAGAGGUAAAGUCUGGUCAUCAGGAGCUGCUUUUAUUGGCUUUCCACUCAAUUCCUUCUUCAACUACAUUUGGAAAUUCAAUGAAACAACAUCUUAAGUAACCUGCCAAUAUUUUUUACCACAGAAAUACAAAGGUAUAAUGGAUGCUUUCUUUUCUAAUAAAACCUACUUUUAGUUACUUAAAGAUCACUUCUACGGACUGAUAUUAACAAAACCGAUACUUAAAGUACUUUGUUUAGUUGUUUUUUCUUUAUAUAAUUUGAAUCUUCAUGAUGAAAUUGGCUUGAUCUUAUAGAUGAAAUGCUUCAUGCUUACUGAAAUACUUCAAAUUGGGGAAUAUAGUGAAAGCUGCUUUAACUGACCCAAGAAAUUAAUGCUUGGUAAGCAUGAGAGUUGAAGUAAGUGUAAGAACUCCCAGUGUCAAACACAGCAGUCAGACUUCCAACCCCAGAUUUCCUUCCUCCAAAAACAAGUUCAGCUGGCCCUGCUGUGUAAUGUUUGCUGACACAAUCGCACAGAUGAUUCAAAUCAGGACAUAGAAUUAUGAAUCAAUACAAUACAUAUGGAAAAUGUAAAAAAUGAGGAUCUGACUUCUGAAUGUGUGCUUACGAAUCUACCGAUGAAAUUGAAGUCCAACUCACUCGAGAAGAAUCAUAAACCUUUCCAAAGAAGAUGUAACCUCCUCCUUGUGAACUUAAACAGUGUCCAAUCACAUUUUGCACCAAUCCCUGACCAUUCAGCUGGGAUAUCACGCUGGUCUUUCCCCUUCCAAGGCCAAGUAUUCCAUCAACGGGGUGGUAAAAAGAAGGUGAAAUGAAUUGAUCAUAUCCACAUCUGUGGAAAGGAAACAGGGAGAGGUGCAUUAGAUAACUAUUAGGAAUAACUUAACAAAAAUAUAUACAACCUAGAUUGUAAUCAUCAUGGCAUGUCAGGCUGAUCAUGCAACAGUAGAGCAAUUGUUUUGAAAUCUUUCUAGACAUUACUUUCUUCAAACAUACUAUCUAAAAGAGAAUAUAUUCAAAUUCUUUAGGGAAAAAAAUAUACUAUGAAAAACAUGAUUGUUUUGGUAUUAAUUAAUUUUGAUCUCUCACUCAGAUCAGAAGUUCAAAAAGCAAGCUUGCGAAACACCAAUAUUUCAAGAGAACAUUCACAGACAAAGAAAGUAAAAAUGGUUGAGAGUUGGUGAAGCAAAGGUUGCAGGGUAAACUAACCCAAGUGCCAUC